GUCAAAAUGGCGGCUCGCUGCAUGUGAAGGGGUCGAAACGGGAGCCGGUUUUAUGAUUCGAGAACAUGUAUAAAGCGCCAUGUAGCAGACUGUCGGGCUUGGUUGGUGUAAGCGUGAAGCAGAAAUUGGUUCAAAGUGUUCCUCGAUGUAACCAGACUGCCCGCAGCCUUAUUCAGCUGCACAGAAGAGAUCCAUCAAACUGGCUGACGUACCAGCAUCUCAACUUUCUGAAACGCCAGUAUGUAUCGAAGAACAACAGUGAGCUUCACCAACGUGCCAUCCCGAAACAGGCUCCUGUUCUGACCAUUGUGGAUGAGAGAGAUGACAGCGUUGAAAGACAAGUACAGAGAAUACCAACUAUUGAGCCUGUGGUCACAGAUACUGUGGCACAGCCAGAGGAAGUCACCAGUAAGCCACAGCCUGAAAUAUCCACCUUGAAGCCCUCUACAGAGGGUGCAGCAGUACAGAACGAUUCUGUGUCCAGAACGGUUUUGACUUCAAAUGAGACUCCCCAUGUGCAUGAGGAGUCUGAAGAGGCAAGGGAGGCACGUCUAGACAAACAAUGGAAGCAGCUGAAGGUUGAUGUGGCAGACUUACCAGAUAUCUACGCCAAGCUUUCCAAAAUCAAACUCACAGCACUGGUGGUCACGACUGCGGCAGCUGGCUUUGCAAUGGCUCCGGUCCCCUUUGACCCUAUCAUGUUCUUCGUGGCAUCUCUGGGAACAGGCCUCGCCUCCUGUACUGCCAACUCAAUCAACCAGUACUUUGAGGUACCCUUCGACUCCAACAUGAACCGCACAAAGAACCGUCCACUCGUCAGAGGACAAAUCAGUCCCCUCCAUGCAGUGUCCUUUGCCCUGGCCUGUGGAGUUCCCGGAGUCGCUCUGCUCACGCUGGGGGUAAACCCCUUGACGGGCUUCCUGGGCGCCCUCAACAUCUUCCUCUACACUUGUUGCUACACACCGCUCAAGAGGCUCAGCAUCGCCAACACCUGGGUGGGAGCAGUGGUGGGUGCGAUACCUCCCAUCAUGGGCUGGACGGCUGCCACAGGUUGCCUGGAGCCAGGUGCCUUGUUGCUGGGUGGUUUCCUGUACAGCUGGCAGUUCCCUCACUUCAACGCUCUCAGCUGGAACUUGAGGGAAGACUACUCCCGUGGCGGCUACCGCAUGAUGUCCGUCACCCACCCCGGCAUGUGCAAGCGGGUGGCCCUGCGCCACAGCGUGGGCCUGAUCGGCCUAUCGACCUUGGCGCCCGUGCUGGACGUCACCACCUGGACCUUCCCCGCCAUCUCCCUCCCCAUCAACCUGUACAUCAGCUACCUAGCCUUCCGCUUCUACCGCAAGGGAGACCGCAGCAGCUCCCGCAAGCUGUUCUUCUGCAGCCUCUGGCACCUGCCCAUGCUGCUGCUGCUGGCGCUCACCUGCAAGAAGCCUCGCAGAGAUCCAGAGGAUCCAGCUCUACCUCCAGCUUCUUUAGUUUCAUAGAUGGCCCAACACUUCUGACACCUCUGAGACUCUUAUUUUAACUGAGAUGCUCCCUCAGAGCCACCCUUAACCACUCGUCGCGCUUGGAGGGGACUCGAUGAUAGACAUUAUUUUAUCGAUGUGUUUAAUGUGCUGCUCAUUGGGUGCUCAGUCUAGAUCAGGAAAUAAAUGGAUCAAAACAGCUGACUUACAGAAACCACACUGAAUUAUUACAUCAGGUUGUGUCUCGAUGUGUGUGUACUGUAUAUAUUCUGUAUUUAUUUAUAUAAGGGCCCACCAGUUCCUCUCCAUGUUGUACAUGACUGAUGUUAAAUGAUCUUGUACAGUGUGAAUUGCUCCUGUGGACCUCACACAGGGAUCACUGCCGGUGCAUUGUGCAAAUGCAAAAACAGAAGAAGAGGAUAUGUUAUGAACAUAGACUUCAUGGAGUCGUAAGAUUGACAUUUUUCAGUCAGUGUAUGAGAAAUAGGACGAAUAUAAAUGCAUUCUGAGCUCGACGUCUGAUGAUUAUUGUACCACUUUCACUGGAGCCCUGAUGUUUGACAGCUAAAAUGCUUUGUUUUAUGUUGCUGCUCAGCAAACACACAGAUGGGUCAUUAUUCAUUUACACAAUGCUUUAAUUCAACACGGUUCGCCUGCGCCAAAUCGAGGGAAUAGUUCACCCCUGUAAGAAACACAAGGGCAAAUAUUCUUGAACAAUAAACAAGUCAUGA